AUGAGCCAGCCGCCGCCAGAAAUUCUAGUGGCGCAGCAGAGAUUGCUAGAAGAAGCCCAACGAAAAACGAAUGAAGAGAUUCAAAGAAAACUUGAACUCCUUGGAAAACAAGUUGCUGCUGCGCAAGCUCAGCAACAAGCCGAAGCGCUGAUGAAACAAGUUCAAAGAAAGCAACAGGAAGAAUUGAAAGCGCAACAGCAGAUGCUGCUGCAAAAGCGGAAAACACCGUAUAGAAAGCCGGCGGUAGAAAAGAAUCCGAAAAUAGAUGAAAAGUUCGAAGACCUUUUUGCAGUUAUUGGGGAGCUUGGAAAGGAUGUCAAUCCGACCUACGGAGGCAGCAAAAGCGCGAAAGACAGAUUGACUCGUGGAAUCCAGCACGCAAGACAGCUGGUCCGAGAAUGCCUUUGGGAAAGUGACAAGAUUUGCGAUGUUCAGCUUAAAACCCUACCGUAA